AUGUCGUUGUCUCUUGAGAGAUUCAUCGCAUUGACAAAAACCUUAGGCACCAUUGGCUACAUGGCACCAGAGUACGGGUCAGAAGGGAUAGUGUCAACUAUGGGAGAUGUUUACAGCUACGGCAUUUUAUUGAUGGAAACCUUCACAAGAAAGAAGCCAGUAGAUGAUGAGUUUGUUGGAGACCUUACAUUGAAGAGUUGGGUCGCGGAGUCAUAUCCUCAUAGAGUCAUGGACAUUGAGGAUGCUAAUUUAUUUUCAACAGAUGAUGAUGAACAUUUGAUAGCUAUUGAAAGUUGUUUGAGAUCGGUAUUGGAUGUAGCUCUUGAAUGUACUGCUGACUUGCCCCAAGACCGAAUUACCAUGAAUAAUGUCCUCAUAAGGCUCAACAAGAUCCAAACUCAAUUUUCGAGCCAGUAA